GCGUAGUGUCGAGAUAUAACAUCCUGGUUCUUCAUGCAUUAAAAAUGUCGAACUGUUUGACGUUUGCGUUUCUCUCUGUAAUGUGCAGUUGCAUCCAAAUCAGUACAGUAUCAGGAGUUUGUGAUGGUGGUCGAUAUGGUUUAGACUGCAACUACAUGUGCCACUGCACUUCCGGUUGUGAUGAUGUCACAGGAUGUUCUGGAAACUGCGAAAAAGGAUGGUCUGGACCAGCAUGCAACAUGAAUAAUUUAGCUUUGAACAAACCUGCCUUCCAGAGUUCUCACUAUAAAACAGACACAUCGCCUCCAUCAAAUGGUGUUGACGGGGACUACACUCCCAAGACGUGUAUACUCACUGAUGUGUCUCAAAAUAACUCGUGGUGGGAAGUGGAUCUAGGAAAACCACAGUACAUACACGAAGUGACAGUUCACUUCAGAACGGGAAAUUAUCCAUAUCGCAGGAAUGGUGUUCAUGUGUAUAGUUCUUUAACAGUGAACCAGACUAACACAAGCCAUCUGUGUGGUGCAGCCACGAUAAAUAGCUCGGAUGUAACACGUAUUACCUGUGACACCACGGCUCAGUACAUCACACUGUACCAGGAGACAGACAACACUGACUUAGAUACAAAAUAUAAUUCCGCUGGAACGGCAAUGGAUUUUUGUGAAGUUGAAGUAUUUAUUUGUGAAGCUGGCACGUUUGGAGAUAACUGCACCGAGUUCUGUCACUGUGCAAAUCAACCCUGUAACUAUACAACUGGAGAAUGCAAUGGUGAAUGUAAACAAAAUUGGACUGGAACGCAGUGUAAUGGUAUGAUAAUAAUUACUAUGUUAACCCUGUAA